CAAGGGAAUAGAACCAUUCUUAUGGCGGUCCAAGGAAGAGCGUCAAAGUGCCGUAGAUUUGGCGGCGGGGAGGAGGCAGGUGUGACGUAAUACUCCAUAGAAAAGGGAGGAGCCUCCCCCCACGCUGGUGUUAGUGAUGAAAGUGUGGUGCUGGAAGUAAUAGUGAUGCUGAUAACGAAGUGGGGGGGUGAGGGGGGGCAGUGGAAACUGAUUGUGGAAUGAAGUGAUAUGGACUGUCUCCAGAUCACUUGUGAUUGUCGGUUGGUGAGACGUCAGCAGUCGUCAGCACCAUCCCCCCCUGGCAUUGCAGUAAGCAUGAACAUCAACUGCUCUAACGAUCAAAGCAUGUACAGAGGACGGCAGGGAUGCAGGAAUUCACAUUAUGCAGACCGACCACUACUGAGGUGGCGAGCCUCCUGAACCGAGGCAGGGUUAACUAUACGUGACGUCACACCUUUUAGAAGAUGAAUUUACGCCACCGGUGCUUCCACUUGGUUUAUUUACUUUGGCGGUGACCCACCUCCACCCCGUCAUGGCGCCACAACGCAGGCUGGUCGGAGCCGCGGGAAGGUGGCUCCACCUGUCCUCGACUCUGUUGGGCCGAGUGCUCCGGCGGCCAGCUCGGCUACUGGGACUGGCCGAGGGAUUAUUCAUGAAUGACAAACAAUCCAAUGCCAUGCUGAGGGGAUGUACAGCCAGGCAUUAACGAAUUAUUCACCCUCAAGCGGAAUGGCAUCACGCUUAGCGGAAUAAAUCAGCAUGCACAGAUAUCAAAAUGGGUCCAAACGUCGCUGAUAAAGAAGAAGAAGAAGAAGAAAGUGGAAGAGAGUGGAGGAAGAAGAGGAGGAAGAGAACGGCGCCCUCCACUCACCGACCUGAAGUGAUUAAUGGACGUUUCUAUGUUCGCGUGAGGGAGGCAUCGGGCGCCGGGCCAAGGCGUGAUCCCGGCUGCCGCAAUCACAUAAUUCACGCUGCGGUGAUGAGGUUUUGCAGCAGAGACAAUGGCCAGUGGGCAAGGAUGGAGAGCGGCGAGCGGGAGCGCAGGACGGCUGGCCGACGAGGGACCUGUCACUGCCUCCGUCGCCGCCUUGUUCUCCCAGUCCGUGGACAGACGGCGUCGUGCCCGUGGCGGUGCUGUGAAGCUAAUCGAAGAAAUAAGAGCCGGACACCAAUACCUGUGAGUCUUACUUCCUUAGCUUUAAGCACCGACCACUACCAUGCCUGGCCACGUCAAGAAGAGCACUGGACCGGAUCCGGACCCCACCGAGUUCCUUUUCGUCUCCCUCGAGCAGAAGCGCCAGGACCAGACCAAACCUUAUGACGCCAAGAAGUCCUGCUGGGUGCCCGACGAGAAGGAGGGUUUCGUCGAGGGUGAGAUCCAGGGUACCAAGGGCGACUUGGUGACUGUCAUGGCUAAGGGUGACACCAAGACCCUGAAGAAGGACCUCGUACAACAGGUCAACCCACCCAAGUUUGAGAAAUGCGAGGAUAUGUCCAACCUGACCUACCUGAACGAUGCCUCUGUCCUGUACAACCUCAAGGCUCGCUACGUGUGUAGGCUCAUCUACACCUACUCCGGCCUCUUCUGUGUCGUGAUCAACCCGUACAAGCGCUACCCCAUCUACACCAACCGUGUCGUCAAGAUCUACCAGGGCAAGAGGCGUAAUGAGGUGCCGCCUCACCUGUUCGCCAUCUCUGACGGCGCCUACAGCAACAUGCUUCAGGGAGGAGAAAACCAGUCCAUGCUGAUCACCGGUGAGUCCGGCGCCGGCAAGACCGAGAACACCAAGAAGGUACUCUCCUACUUCGCCAACGUCGGCGCCACCACCAAGAAGAAGGAUGAAGCCACCAAGCCCAACUUGGAGGACCAGAUCGUGCAGACCAACCCCAUCCUUGAGGCAUUCGGUAACGCCAAGACCGUCCGUAACGACAACUCCUCCCGCUUCGGUAAGUUCAUUCGUAUCCACUUCGGCAACUCCGGCAAGCUGUCUGGUGGUGACAUCGAGGUCUACCUGCUGGAGAAGGCUCGUGUCAUCUCCCAGCAGCCCCUUGAACGAUCCUACCACAUCUUCUACGAGAUGAUGUCAGACCAGAUCGACUACCUGAAGAAAAUGUGCUGCCUCAGCAACGACAUUUACGACUACCACUACGUGUCCCAGGGCAAGGUUACCGUGCCUUCCAUCGACGAUAAGGAGGACAUGCAGUUCUGUGAUGAAGCCUUUGACAUCCUUGGCUUCAGCAUGACCGAUAAGGAGAAUGUGUACAAGCUCACUGCCGCUGUCAUGCACUUCGGUGAGCUGAAGUUUAAGCAGAGGGGUCGCGAGGAGCAGGCCGAGCCCGACGGCACCGAGGCUGGUGAGAAGGUGGCUACGAUGAUGGGUAUGGACGGUGCUGAUUUGUACCACAACAUCACCAAGCCCAAGAUCAAGGUCGGCGCUGAGUUCGUGGCCAAGGGCAUGAACGUUGACCAGUGCUACUACUCCGUGGGCGCCAUGGCCAAGGCUGUCUAUGACCGUGUGUUCCGCUGGCUGGUCACCAAGUGUAACGAAACCCUUGCCACUGGCCUCAAGCGUGUCUACUUCAUUGGUGUAUUGGACAUCGCUGGUUUCGAGAUCUUCGAGUUCAACGGCUUCGAGCAGAUCUGCAUCAACUUCUGUAAUGAGAAGCUGCAGCAGUUCUUCAACCACCACAUGUUCGUGCUGGAGCAAGAGGAGUACAAGAGGGAGGGCAUCAACUGGGUGUUCGUGGACUUCGGUAUGGAUCUGCAGGCCUGCAUUGAUCUCUUCGAAAAGAAAAUGGGUCUUCUGUCCAUCCUGGAAGAAGAGUCUAUGUUCCCCAAGGCCACUGACAAGUCCUUCCUCGAGAAACUGAACGCCAACCACCUCGGCAAGACACCUGUGUUCAUCAAACCCAAGCCAAUCAAGGGAGGCCCCGAGGCCCACUUCGCCAUCGUCCACUACGCCGGCACUGUCAACUACAACUUGGCUGGGUGGCUCGAGAAGAACAAGGAUCCUCUUAACGAUACCUUGGUGGACCAGAUCAAGAAGGCAAGCAACGAACUCGCUGUGACCAUCUUUGCUGACCAUCCUGGACAGUCCGGAACCGACGACAAGAAGGGUGGUCGUGGCCAGAAGUCUGGUGCCUUUAAGACCGUCUCAUCGGGCUACAGGGAGCAGUUGAACAACCUGAUGAGGACCCUGAACGCCACUCACCCUCACUUUAUCCGUUGCAUUGUGCCCAACGAGACCAAGUCCCCGGGUGUAAUCGAUGCAGCCUUGGUGAUGCAUCAGCUGACCUGCAACGGUGUGCUUGAGGGCAUCCGUAUCUGCCGCAAAGGCUUCCCCAACAGGAUCGCAUACAAGGACUUCAGGCACCGCUACAAGAUCCUGGCCCCCAGAGAGAUGGAAAAGGCCACUGAGGACAAGGAGUGCGCCACAGUCUGUCUGAACAAGGCGGGCUUGAACGAGGAACUCUACCGCUGUGGCAACACCAAGGUGUUCUUCCGUGCUGGCGCCCUGGGUACCCUGGAGGAGAUCCGAGACGACACUUUGGCCAAGCUGAUGACGUUCAUGCAAGCAUGGAUCAGAGGCUAUAUCUCCCGCAAGUCAUUCGAGAAGCUUCAAGAACAGCGCGUCGCUCUCAUUGUGGUGCAGCGCAACCUGAGGAAGUUCCUCAAGAUGCGUACCUGGAAAUGGUUCAACUUGUGGCAGAGGGUCAAGCCACUGCUCAACGUCACUCGCAUCGAGGAUGAGAUCAAGGCCCUUGAAGAGAAGGCUGCUAAGGCCGAGGAAGAGCUAGAAAAGGAAACAAAACUCAGGAAGGAAUUGCAAGCCGCUAUGACAAAGCUUCAGGAGGAAAAGAAUAACCUCCUAACAACCCUGGAGUCUACCAAAGGCAACGUCUCAGACUUCCUUGACAAGCAGGCCAAGCUGCAGAGCCAGAAAGCCGAUCUAGAAGCUCAGUUGAAUGAACUCACAUCUCGUCUUCAAUCUGAGGAGGAUGCCCGCAACCAACUCUUCCAAGGAAAGAAGAAGUCAGAACAAGAAAUGAACAGUCUCAAGAAAGACGUUGAAGACCUAGAGCUGGUUGUUCAGAGGAAUGAGCAAGAACGCGCUACUAAGGACCAUCAGAUUCACAACCUGAACGAGGAAGUUGCCCAUCAGGAGGAGCUUAUCAAUAAGCUUAUGAAAGAAAAGAAGCACCUGCAAGAAUGCAACCAGAAGACUGCCGAGGACCUCCAGAGUGUUGAAGAUAAAUGCAACCAUCUCAGCAAGGUGAAGGCGAAGCUGGAACAGACCCUCGACGAACUGGAAGACUCCCUGGAACGUGAAAAGAAAAUGCGUUUCGAAAUGGAGAAGAACAAGAGGAAGGGUGAGGGUGACCUGAGGCUGACCCAGGAAGCCGUCGCUGACCUGGAGCGCAACACCAAGGAACUCGAGCAGACCAUUCAGCGCAAGGACAAGGAAAUCAGCAGUUUGGCGGGCAAGCUUGAAGAGGAGCAGAUUCUUGUUUCCAGGACUCAGAAGCAGAUUAAGGAACUCCAGGCCCGUAUUGAGGAAUUGGAACAAGAGGUCGAACACGAGCGUCAGUCCCGCGCAAAGGCUGAGAAGUCCAAAGCUAUUCUUACCAAAGAACUAGGAGAGCUGAGCGACCGCCUGGAGGAGGCCGGAGGAGCCACUGCCGCCCAGAUCGAACUGAACAAGAAGCGUGAAGCUGAGUUGGCCAAGCUCCGCCGCGACCUUGAGGAAACUAACAUCCAGCAGGAAGCUGCCCUCGCCAACUUGCGUAAAAAACACAAUGAUGCCAUCGGUGAAAUGUCUGAUCAGAUCGACCACCUCAACAAGAUGAAGGCCAGAGCUGAGAAGGACAAGGAGGCCAUGAAGCGUGAGGCUGAUGACGCAAAGGCUUCUAUGGACGCACUCUCCCGUGAUAAGGCCAAUGCAGAGAAGACGGUGAAGCAGCAGCAGCAGGUGCUCAAUGAAUACCAAAAUAAGAUGGAUGAGGCCAACAGGACCCUCAACGAUAUGGAUGCUGCCAAGAAGAAGCUGACCGCCGAGAACACAGACCUUCUCCGACAGGUGGAGGAAGUUGAGAGUCAAAUCAGCCAACUGUCGAAGAUCAAGCUGUCUCUUACCAACCAGCUUGAGGAUCAGAGGAAACUCGCCGACGACGAAAGCAGGGAACGUGCUACUCUGCUUGGCAAGUACCGCAACCUGGAGCACGAUAUUGAUGGCCUUAGGGAGCAGCUGGAGGAAGAAAGUGAGUCCAAGACAGAUGCUCAACGCCAACUCGCCAAGGCUUCUGCAGAUGCUCAGAUGUGGCGCUCGAAGUAUGAGACUGAAGGCAUCGCCCGAGUGGAGGAACUCGAAGCUGCCCGCUUGAAACUUGCAGCCCGCCUGGAAGAGGCCGAGGACCAGAUCGAGCAGCUCAACGUCAAGAACCUGAACCUCGAGAAGACCAAGCAACGUAUUGCCACAGAGCUUGAAGAUAUGCAGAUAGAGGUGGAGCGUGCUCAAGCUCUGGCGAAUGCUGCUGAAAAGAAGCAAAAGAACUUCGACAGAAUUAUCUCCGAAUGGAAGAUGAAGGUUGAUGACCUAGCAGCUGAACUCGACGCCUCUCAGAAAGAGUGCCGUAAUUAUGCCAGCGAACACUUCCGCAUCAAGGCUGCUUAUGAAGAGAAUCUGGAGCAACUGGAUGCUGUCCGUCGCGAGAAUAAGAAUCUGUCUGAUGAAAUCAAGGACCUAAUGGACCAGAUUGGUGAGGGUGGCCGUACCCUCCAUGAAGUUCAGAAGAACGCCAAACGUCUUGAGGUUGAAAAGGAGGAACUCCAGGCUGCCCUGGAGGAGGCAGAGGCUGCCCUAGAACAGGAGGAAAACAAGGUCCUCCGUGCCCAGCUUGAGCUGAGCCAGGUCAGACAAGAGAUUGACAGGCGGAUCCAGGAGAAAGAAGAGGAGUUCGAGAAUACACGCAAGUGUCACCAGAGAGCCAUUGACUCUAUGCAAGCCUCCCUGGAGGCCGAGGCCAAGGCUAAGGCUGAGGCUCUUCGCCUGAAGAAGAAACUGGAGUCUGACAUCAACGAGCUGGAGAUCGCGCUUGAUCAUUCCAACAAGGCCAACGCUGACCUCCAGAAGCAGAUCAAGAAACAGAUUGGUGAUAUCAAGGACCUCCAAAUCCGCGUCGAGGAAGAACAACGCAUUGCCUCAGAGUACCGUGACCAGUUCGGCAUCGCCGAGCGCCGCGCCAACGCUCUCGCUGGAGAACUGGAGGAAUCUCGCACUCUCUUGGAGCAAUCAGACCGCGGCCGUCGACAGGCUGAAGCUGACCUUGCGGAAUCCAACGAGACUGUGGCUGAUCUUAAUGCUCAGAACAACUCUCUUGGGGCCGCCAAGAGGAAGCUGGAAGGCGAAAUGCAGACUUUGCAUGCUGACUUGGACGAGAUGCUGAACGAGGCCAAGAACUCCGAGGAGAAGGCCAAGAAGGCCAUGGUGGACGCCGCACGUCUGGCCGAUGAACUCCGGGCCGAGCAGGAACACGCCCAGAACCAGGAGAAGAUGCGUAAGGGACUUGAGGCCUCUGUGAAGGAGCUCCAGAUCCGCUUGGAGGAAGUCGAGACUAAUGCUCUCAAGAACACCAGGAAGGCUGUGGCCAAGCUGGAGUCCCGCGUCCGCGAACUGGAGAGUCAGCUCGAUGACGAGUCCCGCCGCCACUCCGACGCCCAGAAGAACCUGAGGAAGUGCGAGAGGCGCAUCAAGGAGCUCACCUUCCAGGCCGACGAGGACAAGAAGAACCACGAGAGGAUGCAGGACCUCGUUGAUGCCCUCCAACAGAAGGUCAAGACCUACAAGAGGCAGAUUGAGGAGGCCGAAGAGAUUGCCGCCCUCAACCUGGCCAAGUUCCGCAAGGCUCAGCAGGAGCUCGAAGAAGCCGAGGGUCGUGCAUAAGUAAACGACCAAAUACAAUAAUAACGCCGACAGUAGACGACUCUGAAAGGAAAACAGUACAAAAAUCAAUAGUUACCAUCUGAAAUGUCAUCAUAAGCACAGAAGACUGAAAUGCUAGUAACUGAAAUUAUGUAUAGUAUAGAUUGAAGUUACUAAGUUAAUGCCUAACUUGCACAACAUUUUUAAAAACAGCAGCAAAAAUUUAGGAGGAAAGCUGUAUGCAUAAGCUUACCAGUAAUCCAAACAAUACCAUGAUAUUCAUAAGGAUUAUAGAAAUGACUAAAUAUACAAAAAGACCUUUUUCUUUCAUCUCACCACACGUAAUACCACCUUCGCAAGUAAGAGACAUUGAUUAGUUAUGUCUGCCUAAGUAUAUACUUACAAGAGAGGGGUAGACUGUAUUUUUUCUGAUUCAAUAAAUAUAUCGAUGACGA